AUGCCAUGCCAACUCCUGGCACUGCGCCCCGUGGAGGAGUUGCUGUUGAGUGGUUUCCCGUGUGCACUGUUGCAUUUUGUCUGCCAGAUGUGCCAGGCACAGGGCGGCAUUCUCCUUUGCGGUCACAGCCUGGGAGCCACGGUUGCCUUGGCUGUGGCGGCGAGGUUGACGACAUGUGGCUUAUGCGUCCGUGGAGUUGUGGUCCUGGAAGCCCGUAUAGGGGAGAGCACAACAACCCUGUCCACCUCUUCAAUGAUCCCCCGGAAUCUGGCACAGACCUUGGUGCCGGUGCACUUUCGGCUCCCUGAGGCGGGCACCGUGGACUUCGUGGCUCCACUGGUGCCACGGGGUUCGUUGCCCUCCCGCUUUCUGCGGUCGGUGCACGUGGCCCCGUGGCAGCAUUGCCGUGCCGCAUGGUCCAUGCCGCAGCAGCUUGUGGACGGUGACCAUUACGAUCUGCCAAACUCCCACAUGUGGGACAUCACCCGCUGCAUCCGAGAUCUGGUCAGUGUGAGAUGUGUGAGACUCCCCAAGCCGCCCAAGCCCAAUCCCAAGCGGAAGCGGCGCCGGCGCUUGGGGCGGCUGCACCAAGGCUGGGCACCAGCCUGUGGCUCCAUGCCACAGCACAGCAACACCCUGAGUGCAUCAUUUUCAAGACGCUAUGUCCUUUCGCAUGUUGGGAUGUUCACCUUGCGCACUGUACUGACCAGGCUGACGUCCGUCUCCGCGAGUUCCAGGUCUAAGUUCCAAGAACCUCUGAUCAUUUGCGCGCAUACCAUGUAUGAUCCCGUAUGCAUACCCCGAAAAAUAUAG